AUGCCGCUCCCCAAGAGGAGGAUUUUCAGGGCCGUCUACGCAGAAAGCUUUCCUGGUCCCCCAACCCCCCUUGCAUCCCAGGCCUUCCACUUGCUGGCCCAGCAGGAAAAGACCCCACCACCUAGGCCCAACCUGCUGGAGGCGGGUGGCGACGGCUGUGAGGAGCCCAGGCAGCAGGUGUCUUGGGAACAGGAGUUCCUGGUGGGAAACAGCCCAGGAGGCAGCGGGCGGGCACUGUGCAUGGUGUGUGGGGCCGAGAUCCGGUCCCCCUCCGCGGACACGGCGCGCAUGCACAUUCUGGAGCAGCACCCUCACACCCUGGACCUGAGCCCUUCGGAGAAGAGCAACAUCCUGGAGGCCUGGAGUGAGGGGGUGGCCCUUUUGCAAGACGUCAGAGCUGAGCAGCCUUCUUCACCCACCUCAGACUUGGGCCAGGAUGUCGAAGCUGACCCAGACUCUGACCCAGACCCUGCCAAAAUGCCAGCAGAGAUUGUCGUCCUCCUGGACUCUGAGGACAACCCAUCUCUCCCGAAAAGGAGCCGGCCCAGGGGACUCCGCCCCCUCGAGUUUCCUGCUGCCCCCGUCUCGGAGCCAGGAAACAAGAAGCCCCGUGGUCAGAGAUGGAAGGAGCCUCCUGGGGAAGAGCCAGUUAGAAAGAAAAGAGGCAGACCCCUGACCAAAAACUUGGACCUGGACCCAGACCCUGACCCAGACCCCCCAUCACCCGACUCCCCCACGGAGACUUUUGCGGCUCCCGCUGAGGUCCGGCACUUCACCGACGGCAGCUUCCCCCCUGGCUUCGUCCUCCAGCUCUUCUCCCACACCCAGCUCAGGGCCUCAGACAGCAAGGACUCACCCAAAGAGGGGAGAGCUGCUGAAGGGGGCCUUCCCCAGCCGGAAAGCCCCUCUCCAGCUCCCCCUCCGGGGCUUCGCGGGACACUGGAUCUCCAGGUUAUCCGCGUACGGAUGGAGGAGCCCCCGGCAGUCAGCCUCCUGCAAGACUGGUCCAAGCACCCCCAGGGCGCCAAGGGUGUGGGAGCAGGUGACACCCCAAACUGGCCUACGGUCCUGUCGGAAUCCAGCACCGCUGUCGGGGGGCAGCCAGAGGCAGGGAGUGGUGUAUAG